CCUUCACUAUGAAAAAGCCCAAGGGGGCCAGGAACUCGGAGCUCUAUUCACAGCACCCAGAGAAGGAGGAAGGGGUGCCCUCAUGUCAGGAGAUAAAGAAGACUCCUGUCCUUUUGGCCACACUCAAAGGUCCAGGGCCUGCCAAGUACCGCCGGCAAUCCUGCACUGGCUAUAUAGACCACGACCCCUCCAUGUUUCAGGAGCCAGCGUACAGCCUGCACAAACGGCACAGUGAGAAAAAGACUUCAGACAUGUUCAGCCCUGGGCCUUGCUACUUUUUGGAUCCCAAAGCUACUCGUUUUGGGAUGUCUACUUGCCCCCAGGUCCCCAUGGAGGAGCGUAUCUCCAACCUACGUAUAAACACCACACCAGCCUCCUGCCAAUACAAUGUUGAGAAGAUUCAGCCCCCUGGGGAACGUACGGCUCCCCAGUACAGUUUUGGCUACCGGUGUCCAUAUAGAGUGAUGGACCCCAACCCGGCCCCCAACCAGUACAAGCUGCCACUCUCGAUGGGGCCCAACACCCCUGUCUUCCGAGCUGCCCCCUGCUAUAGUCUGAGUUCCUCACACAAGAAUUGGUUCUACAAGGAGAACAUAGCAGGAGGUCCUGGACCCGCUACGCAUGCCCGACCUGAGCCAUCCAUUUACCAGAAACGCAGCCCCGUAUUUACCAUGGCCAAGCGCUUUACCUAUCCGCUGGACCACACCCUUCGGCCUGGCCCUGGCUCCCACAACAUCCAGCCAGUCACCGUGCACAAGCCCCGCAUACCUGCCUUCACCAUGGGCACCAAACACUCGCCCUACUUGUGCCCACUGAUUGUGGACAUUCUUGACUGAGACCCUGCUGGGUGCUGCUUUGUGACCAGC